AUGUCUAUUUCUCUAUGCAGCUGGUUCACUCCGAUCAUUUCCCACCCCCACCAAAGAAUCCCACUCUCGAAACCCGUCAACCCUAUUAGCAUUUCCGCUAGGCCAAAUAUUUCAAAUUCAAGAUUUCCCAUUAAAUGUUAUUUACAUGGAAAUUCUGAACAAUUACAUUCGACUCCAGCAAAACCCAGAUGGGAAAGUUGGUUGGCCACUGCAGCAAGCUUGUAUCCUCUUUAUGUGACUGUUGGAGGGGCCAUUGCUUGCUUAAGACCUUCCACUUUCUCUUGGUUCGUGAAGGCUGGCCCCACUUCUUAUAGUUUGACACUUGGGUUCAUUAUGUUGACUAUGGGUCUUACCUUGGAGCUCAAAGACUUGAUCAAUUUGUUCAUGCGAAGGCCUCUUUCUAUACUUUUUGGAUGUGCUGCACAGUAUACAAUUAUGCCAGUCUUUGGAACGAUAAUUAGCAAGUUUUUGGGACUCUCACCAUCUCUUUCAGUAGGUUUGAUAUUGCUUGCUUGUUGCCCAGGAGGUACAGCGUCCAAUGUGGUAACCUUAAUUGCUCAGGGAGAUGUACCAUUAUCGAUAGUGAUGACAAUAUGUACCACACUUGGAGCCGUGAUUCUUACUCCCCUUUUGACCAAGAUUCUAGCAGGAGCUUAUGUUCCUGUGGAUGCUAUUCAACUUUCCAUUAGCACCAUGCAGGUGGUGGUUGCUCCACUUCUGCUAGGAUCUUACUUGCAGAACACAUUCCCUGAAGCUGUGAAAAUGUUGACACCAUUUUCACCGCUGCUAGCUGUGUUAGCUUCAUCACUGCUUGCUUGCAGUGUGUUCUCAGAAAAUGUUGUACGUCUGAUGUCUUCGGUCUUUGGUGCAUCAUUAGCAUCUGAUCUACCUCCCCUUCAACGUGCUCGAGCAAUACUCUCUGGUGACUUGGGGGUUAUAGCACUUUCAGUAGUGUUGCUGCAUUUUGCAGGUUUUUUUGUUGGGUAUCUGUCUGCAGCUUUUGGUGGAUUUAAGGAACCACAACGACGUGCAAUAUCCAUUGAAGUUGGUAUGCAGAAUUCUUCAUUAGGAGUGGUUUUAGCAACCACCCAUUUCACCUCAGGCAUGGUUGCAUUACCUGCAGCAAUGUCAGCUGUAAUUAUGAAUAUAAUGGGCAGCAGUUUAGGUUUCUUUUGGAGAUAUGUUGAUCCAUCUGAUCCAAAGGACAACCUUAAAGUUGACCAAGAGUAA